UGAUGAUAUUGCUCAUGAACUUCGAGAAACUUUUACACGAUCUGCCGGCUCACGCCAUGUAAGACGACAACGAAACCGCCUGAGAUUCGGUUCUCAGGAUCGACGGGUAGUCAGUGACUGUUCAACGUCUGCGGCGCCGACUUGGACACAUGACUUUGUGUGUGUGGGCAGCACUGAUUACGACUGGUGUCCCAGUCCGAAGCAGCGUUCCGACUUGUCUAAAAUAGGUCUCGGAGAACGCAAAAUUCGAAUACCAAUUGGCAGUACGUCUGCUCAAGUGCAUGAGCAACUUCUGGACGAAUUCCCAAAACUGAGUGAAGGUGGUGGUUAUGAGAUUUGCCGCGCAUUUCACGGAAGCAGACGAAUGGUACCUAUAAGUUGCCCAUCCGAGGGGUAUUCUCAACCAUUCUUAAAAGCGGAGGCUGGACAGGCCAAAUUGUACAUCAGACCGCUACAAAAUAAUCUUGAAACAACACCAGCCAUCACUAUUACCACUCCAUCCGAAAUGGCAAGCACAAUUUCAGCUAUAAAUAAUGCUCCCAAAGAAAUCUGUGGUCAGUGCCAUGUUGAAAUUCCGUUUUCCCUGCUGAAAGAACAUAUCGAAACAUGUAAAGGCCUUGAUAUAGAUGAUGAGGAAAGUGAUGGGGGUGUAAUUGAGAGUCCUGCAAGAAGUACAUCUACAAUGAGGCAGACAUCAAAUACACACAGAUGUAAUCAUUCAAAUGAUCAGAGCCAAACCAUUUCUGCAAGAAAUUGCAACACUACCACUAGUUCCUCCACUUCAUUAUCAAUGGCUUUUAACAGGAGUUACUCACAGAUAUUUGAUAGUGCAGGGUGUAUUGAAUCUCAAGAAGAUAAUGUUACAGAAGAAGAAAACACAGUGGCUAACAACACUACCUUGUACCCAAGAUGUACUCUGGAAUAUGCUGUCACAUUACUAAGUCACCAUGUGGUGGAUCGAAUACAUAUGGACUACAAUAAAGACAAUGGUGAUGAUUAUGAUUAUCAGAACUAUCAACGUGUGAAUAUUUUAAGGUCAACGUUCUGGAAAACUGCUGUUAGAGCCAUAAAUCGACCAGAUUUCCUCCCAAACAAAUUAAUUAAAGUGUCAUUCAUUGGAGAAAGUGCAGUGGAUGAUGGGGGGCCCAGAAGGGAAUUUUGUAGUUUAUUAAUAAAUUCUGUAAAAACCUGUGGCGUGCUUGAAGGCAAGGAAAACAAUCUGAGCUUUUCUCAUGAUUUGCGCUUUCUUGCUGAAAGAAGAUAUUUCACUGCAGGAAAGAUGGUUGCUAUAUCUCUUUGCCAUGGUGGUCCCGGAUUACACUGUUUGAGCCAAGCAACAUUCCAAUAUAUGGCAAGAGGGUGUGUAGAACAACCGAUAGCCAUUGAUGAAAUUCCAGAUUAUGACAUACAGCUGAUAGCCAAACAGAUCCAGUCUAGUGAGACUAAUGAGGAACUCAGAAUAGCUGUAUCGCGUAUUGGAGAAGAAAGUGUUGCUAAUAUCACAGGAUUUACAGAUCCGAUGAGUACAAUUACAUUGGAUAUGAAGGCUCCCAUUCUUGUAAAUCUCACUACACAUCACUGUGUUUAUAAAUCCAUACCUGAGAUAAACCAAUUUUUAGAUGGAAUGAAUGUUCUGCACAUAGCAGACUUGGUAAAGGCCGAACCAG